AUGCUCCCUAGUUUACAACUACUUGAAAAAGUUAGUCAGGAGGUUAGGUCUAUCCCUAACAAGCGUAAAGAAAGUAAAAGGAGAGUUCAUUACGGCUUAUUCUUACUAGGUUAUAAAAGCGGUUUAAGAAUUAGUGAAGCGAUAAAGUUUGAUUUAGAAAAGAAAACUAAGCAAGGGUUAUAUCGGAUAAGUAAGUCCAAAGGCAAAAAGGAGAGGUUAGUUUAUGUUCCCAAAGAAAAAGUUAAAAAGGAGUUGGGAAUUGAUGGAAAUAUUGAACUCUCGCUACAUACUUUACGGAGAGCAUUUGCUACCUAUCAUGCAGAGUCAGAACCUGAUAGCGAUAUUGAUGGUAUUUUAACUGGUAAAAAAUGGUUAGAGGGUAGAGAGAAAGAACCACCAAAUCCAAUAGCAAAAAGUUUUCCAAAACUACCCUCCUUGAAUUCAGAACCUAUUAUUAGGGAUAAUCCACUAAUUCUCCCCAAGAAACCAACUAAUCGGGAUAAUCCGCCCUUACUUACUAAAAGAAGCGACAAACCCCUCACUAAUUAUCAACUGAAAUCAAUAAUUAGCGGAAUUAUACCUAAAUCGCAAGAGGAUAUUUCUCCUAAUUCUAUUACCGAAGCAAAAAUAUCAAACGAACCAUUGCCGAUAAUUACUAAUCAAAAGGAGCAAGAAAAUCAAACAGAAAAUUUUCUCCUAACCAAAAUAAGGAAAUUAGAAGCCGAGAACAACAAUUUAAAAGCAGUGGUUCAAUCAGAAAAACAAACCAACCAAUCCUUAAAGGAAACUAUCACUAAUUUAACACACCAAAUUCAGACUGAUGAACAAAACCACACUAACCUCCUAAAUGCUUAUCAAAAAGCCUUAAAUGAUAAAGCCAAAGUGGAAAAGCAAGUUAGUUAUUAUGAAAAGCAAGAAAGAAACCAAACGGAAGCCCAAAUCGAACAACCAUUACCUUUUAAACCACCAAACAAAUAA